GUAGAGCAGGUAGACGCAUUCCACCCAAAGGGACACUUUGGCAAACGAAGAAAAGAUAUUUUAUAUUACUACAAUUGCGGCAGGGGCUUCAGUUUUGUGCAACUUGUCCGAGAUUGAAGAACCCGGUGUCGUUCUAGAAACGAAAUUCGUGUGCUUCAAAAACUGUGUUUGUGCGAUAAGAAAGGAUAAGAACCAAGCGGAAGCAGGAUGAGGUUCUGGAACAUUCCACUGCUAGCGACGGGCGCAGUGCUUUUGGCAUUAAUCAUCGGUGAAAUCAGUUGCAGUGCGCACGAGUUCGAUAAUAAUGAUCUAAGCUACAAUGCAAACAGUAGGCAGCAGCAUGGAGGGUCCCAAGCAGGGCCUUCCACCUCGAUGGGUCGCGGUUUUGCCGAAUCGGCGAGGGAUUUGAUUAUGAGUCCUGCGGGACAGUUGGCAGUUUCGUUCGCGAAGGAGAUGAUUAGCCGAUCGGCCGGGAAUAGUCAGGUUUUGAGUCUGAACCUCACCAACUUGCUGAUUCUAUUUCUGCUCAAAGCACUGAUCUUUGCUGCCGGGUUGAUCGGUGCCGGCAAUUGGGGUGCUUAUGGCCGAGGACGGAGCGAAGGCGGAUCAUUUUUCUAUCCGGGUGAACCGGGGCUGAUGAUUGGUUACCUCGCGGCAGAAGGCUCCGGCCAGGAAGGUUGCAUGUUGCAAAGCGCUUGUAUGUCACCGCACACGGCCAAUGAAUACGCCCGAGCUGCCAGCGCGUUGGUCAAGGGAGCGGAAAUCUUCGACCCGGAAAUUCCCAAGAACAGCAAAUACAACCACCUACUGAUUCAACUCGAUCGGGCCAUCAUGGAGGGUCUUCAAGGGGCACCGUGCGAUAUGAUUUAUCCUUGUCACUUGUAGGUUGGACGUUCUUUCUGUACAGUGUUUUUCGAACAUAAGUGAGCAAUUUUGGACGAAA